AUGUCUCUAAACCCUUACUACGGCCUGACUAACACAUCGAACGACAACUGCACAGAUGUGGACAACCUGGUGAAGCGCUACUAUCUGCCAACCAUGUAUGCUAUCAUCUGCGUUGUGGGUGCUAUUGGAAACAUCACAGCUCUUCUGGUGUUUGUACUCAGGAUUCGACCCUGGAGGAGCAGCACCAUCAUCAUGGUGAACCUGAUCUUCACAGAUCUUCUCUUAAUAAUCUCCCUGCCGAUUUUUGUCUACUAUUAUGUGCUGAAUGACUCGUGGACUCUGGGAAUCACCAUGUGUCGCUUCUCCCGCUUCGACUUCCACUUCAACCUGUACGGCAGCAUCCUAGCCCUCACAUGCAUCUCCGUUAUUCGCUAUGUAGUAAUCGUGCAUCCACAGCAUGCAGAAAAUAUUAGCCGAAAACGCUGGGGCAUCAUGUCUUGCAUGUUGUUUUGGAUCAUUACGGUAGUUGAACUUAGUCCAAUUUUUAAUCUUUUUGCAACAGUGGAGAUCGAUAACAAAACAUACUGUUUGGAUUUUGCGAGCAAUGAUCCACAGAGUGUUUGGCCGUAUAGUUGGGUGUUGACUGUACUCGGGUUUUUAGUUCCUUUGGUGGUGGUCUGUGUCUGCUAUUGGCGCAUCAUCGAAAAGUUAAAGGAGGGUCCUCAUACGGGGAGCACCUCACGUUUAUUGGCGAGGAGAGUCAUUGUGUUGAUUAUUACGUGUUUUGCAGUUUGUUUUCUUCCGUAUCAUGUGCUGCGUGCAUUUAGAGUCUACACGAGGCUCACGCCAGAGACGAACUGUAUGCUGGAUCAUGGCGUUCAUGCGGCCUACAUCAUCUCCAGACCCAUCGCAGUGCUCAACAUCAUCUUCAACAUGGUGCUGUACACGAUGCAGGGCGGUAACUUUAAACAGGCUUUUGUGGAGCUCUUCAAAUGUAAGAAACUCAAGUCGAAGACUGAAAGGACUGUUGAAAUGGCGGUGAUCAACUAA